UGCUUAUAUACACUACUCCAUCUUGUGUUGGCCCCACCGUCCUCAAGCUGACGUCCCAUCGUAACAGCCAUGGCCCUUCCCACACACUUCACCCUUAACACCGGUGCAAAGAUACCCGCCCUUGGCUUUGGCACAUGGCAAGCCAAGCCUGGUGAGGUUGAGCAAGCGGUGGAAACAGCGCUCAAGGCAGGCUAUCGCCACAUCGACUGCGCGGCCAUCUACCGCAACGAAGUAGAAGUAGGCCAUGGCAUUCGACGAAGUGGCGUCCCACGCUCAGAAAUCUUCAUGACUGGAAAGCUGUGGAACACCAAGCACGCACCAGAAGAUGUCGAGGCAGCGCUCAAUCAGUCGCUCCAGGAUCUUGGUGUUGAAUAUCUUGACUUGUUUCUUAUGCAUUGGCCCGUUGCCUUCAACGGCAAGCAGGGCAAGUGGUUCCCCCUGCGUGACGAUGGCGUCUUUGACCUCGUAGACAUUGACCCAGCCACCACCUACAAGGCCAUGGAAAAGCUACUCAGUACUGGCAAAGUCCGUGCAAUCGGCGUCUCCAACUUUACCAUCAACCGCUUAAAAGACCUCUUGUCCAAGACCGACGUCGUCCCGGCUGUUAAUCAAAUCGAGGCACACCCCUACCUCCAACAACCCACUCUCUUUGACUUCUGCAAUGAAAAAGGAAUCCUUGUUGAAGCAUAUUCUCCUUUGGGAAACAACCAAACAGGCGAACCGCGCACUAUGGAUGAUGAGCUUGUCGGUGUAUUGGGUCACAGACUAGGCAUGGACCGUGGGCAACUCCUCGCUAGCUGGGGCAUCCAGCGCGGCACCGUGGUACUGCCCAAGAGCGUCACGCCGAGUCGCAUCAAAAGCAACGGACAGGUAAAGGCAUUGCCAAAGGACGCAUUCGAAGAACUCAGCCGAUUGGAGAGAUGCAAACGAUUCAACGUGCAGUCGCGGUGGGGAUUUGAUAUCUUUGAAGAACUUGGCGGCGAGGAGGUAAGGAAGGUUGCCCAAGGGUUUGCAAAGGAGAAUCAGACAAAGUUCACUACCUAGGCAAUAUAGACGAAGAAAAAUCAUAGAUUCAUAAGCUUUUAAUGAACAUAAGUUGUAGAAGGCUAGAGUCUUUGCAAAGAGAAACAAAGUAGCUAGAAGCAAGGUUUAGCUAAGCUUGAUAUUAAGAUUACUAUUUACCAAGUAGUUUAUCUUGAAUAGUCAGAGUUAGGUAGUUGGGCCGAG